AUGGUGAGGAGUGACCAAUUUAAGAUCGGUCAUAGGAUUCGGUGUGCCUUAUUUGGUGAAUAUGUUGAUGAACUUAAUCGAUUUCUGUCUUCUGAGUAUGCUGAACAGCCAGUUGUAGUUUUACAACUUGCCAAAGUUAAGGUAUUUAGAGGUAGAGUUGGACUUCAAAAUGUUAUGUUUGCAUCAAAGUUUGAAUUUAAUCUUGACAUCCCAGAGGUGGUAGCUUUUCGGAAAAGUUCUAUUCCACAUGGAGUUAGUACAUCCCAACCCAUUGGCAUUGUUAGAUCUGAAAAAAAUAUCGGAAUAGAAGAAGAUUUUAUGAAGCUCACACCUAAGUGUACUGUAAAGUCGCUUGAUGAUAACAACCAGGCUGAAAUUUUUGUUGUACUAGCGAAGAUAGCUGAAAUAGUUGAGGAUGAUCCUUGGUGGUACUCUGCUUGUGUGUGUGGCAAAGUGAAGGUGUUGGUUGAGGAUUCCACUGGUGUUUCUAUUUUUGUCCUCUUUGAUCGUGAGGCAAGUUACCUACUGAAUAAGACUUGUGCCCAGCUGUUUGAACAACAUCUUAAGGAUGUUGAUGUUGUGUUUGGCACACAGUCUCCUCCUAUAUUCCAAGAAAUUGUUGGAAAAACUAUGCUGUUCAAGGUUCUUAGUAGGCCUGUUGGGAUGAAAAAAUUCAAAGGGACUUAUCCAGUGAGGCGUGUUUGUGAUGAUGCUGCAAUAGUUGGAAUGUUUGAGCUCUCUGGUUCAGAUUUGAGUCCUAAAAAGGCUGGAUUUUUACCAAAAAGAGAGGGAUAA